AUGUCAAUCAGAGAGCAAGAAAAUCCACAUAAUUACAAUGACAGUGAUGAUUCUGAUACUGAAGAAGAAAGUGUAGAAGUAGAAGAAGAGGAGGAGGAAAAAAAUUCUGCCGACUGCAGAACUUUAUACGGCGAUCGUGGCCGGAAGGGGUGGUGGUUCUGGGGAAAAAUCCUGGACCCCAGGGCCACAUGGAUUCAAGAAUGGAACAGAAUUUUCCUCUUAGUAUGCGCCGCUGGUCUAUUUGUAGAUCCUCUCUUCUUCUAUACCCUCUCAGUAAGUGAAAACUGCAUGUGCCUCUUCGUCGACGGGUGGUUCGCCAUGACCGUGACGGUUCUCCGGUGCAUGACAGACGCCUUGCACCUCUGGAACAUGUGGCUUCAAUUCAAAAUGAACAGGAGGCACCACCGUGCCAUAUACGCCGGCCACCGGACCGUUGCCCUGCGAUACUUCAAGGCAAACAAAGGUUUCCUCUUUGAUUUAUUUGUGAUUCUUCCAAUUCCACAGAUAGUUUUAUGGGUGGCGAUCCCAGAGCUAUUGGGGAAAGGAUCGACGACCGUGGUUAUGACGAUCCUCUUGAUAAUGUUUCUAUUUCAAUACUUACCCAAAAUAUAUCACUCGAUUCGGUUGUUGCGCCGCAUGCAAAAUCUCUCGGGAUAUAUGUUCGGUACUAUUUGGUGGGGGAUUGCCCUCAACAUGAUUGCUUACUUUGUCGCGUCGCAUGCUGUGGGAGCAUGCUGGUACUUGCUAGGGAUACAAAGGGCUGCAAAAUGCUUAAUGCAACAAUGCAUGCACAUAAAGGGCUGCAACAGGAGAAUGAUGGCAUGUCAAGAACCAAUAUAUUAUGGAACAAGCCGUUUAAUUAAAGAAAGAUCAAGAUUUAUUUGGGGGGAGAACAAAACUGCAAGGUCUACUUGCCUCGAAAAUUACGAUAAUUUCGAUUAUGGAGCUUAUAAGUGGACUGUUCAACUUAUUACAAAUGAUAAUCGCUUGGAAAAGAUACUAUUUCCCAUAUUUUGGGGUCUAAUGACUCUCAGUACAUUUGGGAACUUGGAGAGCACAACAGAUUGGUUAGAAGUGAUUUUCAUUAUCAUUGUUCUUACCACUGGACUCCUGCUGGUCACAAUGUUGAUUGGUAACAUCAAGGUGUUCUUGCACGCAACGACAUCAAAGAAACAGGCAAUGCAAUUGAAGAUGCGGAACAUAGAAUGGUGGAUGAGGAAGAGACGAUUGCCUCUGGCAUUCAAGCAAAGAGUAAGGAACUAUGAAAGACAGCGAUGGGCUGCAAUGCGCGGAGUAGACGAAUGUGAGAUUACGCGUAAUCUCCCUGAGGGACUUAGAAGGGACAUAAAAUAUCAUCUCUGUUUGGACUUGGUUAGACAGGUUCCUUUGUUCCAGCAUAUGGAUAAUCUGGUCUUGGAAAAUAUCUGUGACCGUGUGAAGUCCCUUAUAUUCACGAAGGGAGAAACAAUAAGUAGAGAGGGUGAUCCAGUACAAAGAAUGUUAUUCAUAGUAAGAGGGCAUCUUCAAAGUAGCCAAGUACUUCGAGAUGGCGUAAUGAGUUGCUGCAUGUUAGGCCCCGGAAAUUUUAGCGGGGACGAGCUCUUGUCCUGGUGUCUGCGAAGACCAUUUGUUGAACGCCUUCCGCCUUCUUCCUCGACCCUUACAACUCUAGAAACUACCGAAGCGUUCGGGCUAGAAGCAGAGGAUGUUAAGUACGUGACUCAACAUUUUCGGUACACAUUUGUGAAUGAAAAAGUUAAAAGGAGUGCGCGUUAUUACUCGCCCGGAUGGAGGACUUGGGCUGCUGUUGCUAUUCAGUUGGCCUGGAGGAGGUACAAACACAGGCUAACACUCACUUCUCUGUCAUUUAUUAGGCCGCGACGACCAGUAUCGCGGUGUUCUUCUCUUGGGGAGGAUAGGCUGAGGCUUUAUACAGCACUUCUAACUUCGCCCAAGCCAAAUCUAGAUGAUUUUGAUUUCUGA